AGUCGUUCUCAUCUCAAAGGUCAGGAUCUACCGUAUUCAUUACUUUGACUAGAGCCGAAGGAUAGAAGUUGUGAACAAAGUGCCGUGCCUAAUUGAGCUAAUCGAGCGAAGGCAAACUGAAUCGUAGAAAACAAAACAUCAACAAGCAACUAAGAAUACAAACAUGUCGCCAAUGAGUGCUUUGAGACGCCUAAGCACCAGCAGUGUGUUGAGAGGGAGACGGACGGUGGCAACCGCAAUCGUCGGAUCCCAUCGAGGAGCUUCCUCCUCGACGGCCGCAACCAUCAGACUAGGCCUGAAAGGGAACAACAACCGCUAUUCUCUUCCCGAAACCAAUGGUUUGAAUUGCACGAGUUCCAUCGGUCGACGCCAAUUUCACCAAUCCGUCGCGGUGCUCGAUUACCCCGAUCACGUCGUCAUUCCCUUCCCGGCUCUCAGCCCUACCAUGGAAAUCGGAACGAUAGCCAAGUGGGAGAUCGCCGAGGGCGAGGAGUUUUCCGCUGGAUCAGUCAUUGCCAGCAUCGAGACUGACAAGGCGACAAUGGACUUCGAAGCUCAGGACGAUGGUAUUCUGGCCAAGAUUCUCAAAGACGGCUCGGAGGCGACGGAUCUUCCCGUUGGUACCCCCAUUGCCAUCGUCGUCGAGGAACCCGAGGACGUUGCCGCCUUUGCGGAUUACGUUGUGUCGGAGGAAGAAAGCACGGGAGUCGCCGGUGCAGACAUAACUAUGGACGAAGCACCAUCCUCCUCCUUAGAAGAGUUGUCCACUGCUACUGCCCCCGUGAUUGGUGGAUCGGCUGGUACUAGCCUUUUGUUACCGUCGGCUAGAUUUCUAGCCGAAUCAAAGUACGUUGAUUGAUUGAUUGAUUGAUUGCUCCAUUCACUCAUUUCUUAAUAGUUUUUCAUGUCGUCCGUGGCUGUGAGCGGGACUUCAAGUGCUUUUCUUUCCUGCGCACUUAACGUUUAUGGAAGUGUUGUGCUGAAGGGUUAUCGAUCGUCUCACAACUCGAACUUUAUAUUUGCAAAUUUGUUCCGUCUUGCAGGGGUCUCGACGCAACAGGAUUGACAGGGAGUGGAAAGGGAGGCCGAGUUACCAAGGGAGAUGUUUUGGCGGCGCUCCGAGAUGGCACUCCAAUGCCGGCCUUGGUGAAGGUCGAAGAAAAGGGCCCAGAACUCGCAACCGCUCCAGCGCCGGCUGCAGCUGCUGUCCCCAAGGCACCAACCGGUCCAGCCGAGGAUUUGCCCCUUCCCGAGGUCGAUACGUAUGGUUCCUAUGAGGACGUUCCCAACAACAACAUGCGAAAGGUUGUUGCGAAACGCUUGACUGCAAGCAAGCAGGAGGUUCCUACCUGCUACACGUCCAUGGAGGUUGAACUCGACAACGUUUUGAAACUUCGUAAGACACUGUUGAACGACCACGAUGUGAAAGUUUCCGUGAACGAUAUUGUUGUGCGAUGUUCUUCCCUGGCACUCCGAGACGUUCCCGAAGUGAACGGCAAGUACGAUCCGAAAACCGAUUCGGUCUCAUUGCAAGACUCGGUGGACAUCAGUAUAGCAGUAGCAAUUCCCAACGGCCUGAUCACUCCCAUCAUACCAAGUACUGACAAAUUGGGCCUGUCCGAAAUCUCGGAUAAGGUGAAAGACUUGGCGGGGCGCGCACGAGAAGGCAAACUGUCACCAGAGGAAUACCAGGGUGGAACCUUCUGCAUCAGCAAUCUGGGUAUGUUUGGAAUCGACGAAUUCACCGCAAUCGUUAACCCACCCCAGGCUGCCAUUCUAGCCGUUGGAGGGGGUGUCCGAAGAGUUGUGCCGACACCCUACGUGGACGGUGCCGAAGAACAAGCCAAGCCUGCCAUCAAAACCAUCAUGACCGCGCGAUUGAGUUCGGAUCGCCGUGUUGUCGAUGAAGCCACCGCCGCCUUGUUCAUGUCGGCCUUUAGACAUUAUAUCAACAAGCCAGAGUUGCUGUUGCUGUAGUGAAAGGCAGCACGAUGCAAUAGAAUUUUGAUUUGUUA